UUCUGUUACAGUUUCACCGGGAACUGUUUUUCUAUUCCGGUGUCCUCACCUGUCUCACCUCGGAGUGUAUUGUCAAGAGAAAUUUGACCGUGGAAAUCGGGAAUUCGGGAUCUGGAAGUCGUGAAUUACUGGUGCUGUAAGCGACCCGUUUCAGGAAAUCGGGUGAUCACAAUCGAAAUGGCUUCGAGCUGUGCCGGCCCUGCAUCAUUAUCACUUCAACAGACGCCUCUUUGCCACCGUUCUCCGCGUUUGCCGCCGUUCGCCUUUCAGCAGAAGGUGAAUCUCAACAUCGGGCCAUUACCGCUAAGGAGGAACUUGAAAUCUCUACCCGCCGCCCAUUUGCGUGUCUCCUGUUUACGCGACUCCAAAGCUGCAAUAGUGACUGGUAAGUCAUGGGACAAACUGGUUCUGGCCAGCGAUACACCUGUACUGGUAGAGUUUUAUGCUAGUUGGUGUGGGCCCUGUCAGAUGGUCCAUAGGGUGGUUGAUGAGAUCGCAGCCGAUUAUUCAGGUAGGAUAAAAUGCUUGGUACUCCAUGCAGACAAGGACGUGCAAAUAGCUGAGAAUUAUGACAUCAAAGCGGUCCCGGUGGUGCUGCUGUUCAAUAAUAAGGGAGAGAAGUGCGAUUCUGUCAUUGGUACCAUGCCCAAGGAGUUCUAUGUCGCUGCCAUUGAGAGGCUCUUACUCAACACAGCUCGUUAAAAACUCUCAGUCAUAGAAUGGUUUUUAUACAUUUCCCAGAGCUCUGUAAAUGGACGGUCUUUCGUUUUACUCUCAUGACUUGCCAGUUGCAGCUAGAUAAGAUUGCUAGGCCUUUUGAUUUCCCACUUUCUUGGAACUUGGUAUUGGGACAGCAUACUUGUUAAGCAAAAGACUGAAGCAUGCUGAAUCUUAGAUAUGACAAUAAGAUGUACGAGGCACCUGAAAGUGAAUUGCUGAAAAGGAGCCAACAAACAAUGAAACGAUGCACAGAAAACCAAGUGUUGGAAUCUUUCUGCGCUUACAAAAAACAUCUUUUGAUUCUCAUAUCCUUCUAUUUGUAUUACUCGCAUGUUUCUACUAUUUAUUUACGUAGUAUUACAGUACUUCAUUUUACUUUA